ACAGUUCGGCAACACCAUCAAAAAACUUCUCCUACCAUUUUCUCUAUUUUAGGACAGGAGUCGUUCCGAUCCAUCACUCGGUCAUAUUACAGAGGUGCAGCUGGUGCACUACUUGUUUACGAUAUUACUCGCCGAGAUACUUUCAAUCACUUGACAUCCUGGCUGGAGGAUGCUCGACAACACAGUAAUAGCAACAUGGUUAUAAUGCUCAUUGGUAAUAAAAGCGAUCUCGAGGCUAGGAGAGAGGUAAAAAGAGAAGAAGGUGAAGCUUUUGCCAGAGAACAUGGUCUUGUAUUUAUGGAAACAAGCGCAAAAACAGCUGCUAAUGUAGAAGAGGUGGGUUUAGUCUUGGGAUCAAUUUGUAUCUAUGCGUUCUGCCCAUUGAGCAUGUGUAGCUAUCACCUGCGAUUCCUCGAAGUUGCGAAGGGUGCUUGCAAAUUAAGUGGCAAUUCUUAAUA